CAUGUCAUGUCUGUGACUAGCUUUCACACUUACAACUUGUAGUACUGAAAUUUGACCUCUUAACCAUAAAAUAAAAGUCCAAAGACUCACGAUAGUAUAUAGAUAUCCAAUGAACUUGAUAUCAUCAAAUAGACCAUCUAAGAUCAUUGCUUUGCCUCAACCAUUCUUGUUUUAGGAAAAAAGAGAAGCCUGCCCUAUUAUAGUUAUGGGUACACGUUACAAUCUUCUCUUUGCUUUUGUAGCUUUGAUUCUACUUCAUGAUCAUAUUUCACGGGCUAUUGUUCCCAAUAUUAGCACUGAUGAAGCAGUUCUUCUUGCCUUCAAAUCUCACAUUUCUAUAUCUAAUCCUAACAACAUCUUAGCAAACAACUGGUCUUACUCCAGCCCAGUUUGUAGCUGGAUUGGAAUCACUUGCAGCCCCCACCACCAUAGAGUCACUGCUUUAGACAUUUCUAGCAUGCAACUUCAUGGUACCAUACCUCCACACCUUGGAAACCUCUCAUCUCUUGUUUCCCUCGACAUCAGUGACAACACUUUCCGUGGAGAUUUGCCAGAAGAGUUGGCUCAUUUGCAAAGGUUGAAACUGAUCAAUGUCACAAGCAAUAACUUCACUGGUGCCAUUCCAUCAUUUUUAAGUUUGUUACCUAACCUUCGUUACAUGUACCUUUCGAGCAACCAAUUUUCGGGGGAAAUUCCAUCUUCCCUUUCCAAUCUAACAAAGCUAGAGGAGUUGAGAAUGUCUAGAAAUUUUCUCAAAGGAGAGAUCCCUCAAGAACUUGGUCAUCUUCGUUACAUGACUUAUUUAGUCCUGGAAGAAAACUUGCUAGUUGGAUCUAUACCGACGUCACUCUUUAAUAGUACGUCAAUGCAAAACAUUGCUCUUACUAACAACAAUCUUACUGGUAAGCUUCCAACAACUAUAUGUGACCAUCUUCCAAACUUGGAAGAGCUUUACCUCUCAGACAACAACCUCGAUGGCAUUAUUCCAAUAAACUUAGAGAAAUGCCGAAAGCUUCAAAUCUUGUCAUUGUCUGGCAAUAAGUUCAUUGGAACUGUACCGAGAGAGUUAGGCAACUUAACAACUCUAAGACAAUUAUCUCUCGGAGGACAAUACUUGGAAGGAGAGAUACCAGCGGAGCUAGGUAACCUUAAUAAACUACGGAUAUUGGGAUUAGCUCGAAAUAAGUUUACUGGUUCCAUUCCUGCAGGCAUUUUCAACAUAUCAGCACUGCAGAUCCUAUCACUUAUACAUAACAGGCUUUCAGGUACUUUACCUUCAAAUUUAGGUCGUGGAAUGCCCAGCAUAGAAGAGCUUUAUAUUGGAGGGAAUAAUUUGACUGGUUUCAUCUCUGCUACUAUCUCAAAUUCUUCAAAACUCAGAAUGGUUGCUCUUUACAACAACAGUUUCACGGGUCCAAUUCCUGAAUCGUUUGGUAGGUUAGAAAACCUUGAGGUUCUGCACUUGGGGGGGAAUAACUUUUGGAGCAAUUCGGCAUUGAGUUUCCUUACAUAUUUGACAAAUUGUAGGAAACUAAGACUACUAUUUUUUUAUAGGAAUCCGUUAGAUGGUGUUUUACCUGCAUCUCUUGGGAAUUUCUCUGACUCUCUAGAAAUGUUUGAAGGACAAAGUUGUAAACUGAAGGGUGUCAUUCCUGAAGAAGUUGGUAACCUUACUGGAGUGAUAAAGAUGAUUCUGUUUAACAAUAAAUUGACUGGACAUAUCCCAAAAGCUGUCCAAGGCAUGCUGAACCUUCAAGAACUUUACCUACAAAGCAACAAGAUAGAAGGAACAAUACCUAAUGUUAUCUGCAAUUUAAAGCAUCUUGGCGCAUUAGACUUGUCAGGAAAUCGGUUUUCUGGUUCAGUGCCACCAUGCAUAGGGAAUGUUACCAGUUUAAGGCAACUUUACCUAGCUUCCAACAGGCUGAAUUCGAGAUUACCUGCUAGCUUGGGGAGCCUUCAAGAUCUCAUAGAAUUCAAUGUAUCAUCCAAUUUAUUAAUUGGGAAAAUACCUUCUGAUAUUGGAAAUUUAAAGGUUGCAACACUCAUUGAUCUGUCGAAAAAUGAUUUUUCUGGUGAGAUACCUAGAACUCUAGGGGGUCUAGAUAGAUUGAUUAAACUCUCUCUGGCACAUAAUAGAUUAGUUGGGCUUAUUCCAGAUCAAUUUGGCAAAAUGCUGGCAUUGGAAUUCUUGGAUAUGUGCAAGAACAAUCUUAGUGGUGAAAUACCAAAAUCAUUAGAAGCUCUUGUUUAUCUCAAAUACCUGAACAUCUCAUUCAAUGAACUCAGUGGAGAAAUUCCCACUGGUGGUCCUUUUGCAAACUUCACCAGCCAAUCAUUCAUCUCCAAUAAUGCACUCUGUGGUGAUUUUAAAUUUCAUGUACCCCCAUGCAUCAUAAAUUCUUGCAAGAGGAAAAAGGCAAUCCUGGUUUUGUACAUCCCUUUGGGAGUAGGCCUGCUGUUUCUUACAGUAUCCCUCGCAUGUAUAUUUUUAAGAUUGCGGAAGAAAAAGAAGAAUGCAGGUCAAGCAGAGUUGUCUCUAGAAAAUGGGCAUGAAAGAAUUUCCUAUUAUGAACUGAAACAAGCAACAGAGGAUUUCAAUGAAAGCAACUUGCUUGGUUACGGGGGUUUCAGCAUGGUCUACAAGGGGAUACUUAAGGAUGGUACUCUUUUUGCAGCAAAGGUAUUCAAUGCACAACUGGAGGGCUCAUUCAAAAGUUUUGAUACGGAAUGUGAAAUGUUACGCAACCUACGCCAUCGAAAUCUUACUAAAGUCAUCACCAGUUGCUCCAGCAUUGAUUUCAAAGCCUUAGUAUUGGAAUACAUGCCGAAUGGGACACUUGAAAAAUGGCUAUACAAUCAUAACUUUUUCUUAGACAUGUUGCAGAGAUUAGAUAUAAUGAUAGAUGUUGCAUCAGCAAUGGACUAUCUCCACAAUGGAUAUUCAAGACCUGUGGUGCACUGUGACUUAAAACCAAGCAAUGUCUUACUAGAUGAAGACAUGGUUGGCCAUGUUAGUGAUUUUGGCAUUGCAAAAUUGUUAGGAGCAGGGGAGGAUUUUGUUCAAACAAAAACUAUUGCGACCAUCGGAUAUAUUGCUCCAGAGUAUGGACAAGAUGGAGUAGUAUCCACGAGCUGUGAUGUCUAUAGUUUUGGCAUCCUGAUGAUGGAGACGUUUACAAGAAGGAGACCAAGUGAUGAAAUAUUUACCGGAGACUUUAGCAUACGACGUUGGGUCGGUGAUUCUUUUCCAAGUGAAAUACAUAAGGUGGUCGAUACUAAUUUGGUACAACUAGGGGAUGAACCAACUGAUGCAAAGAUGCUGUGCCAGUCAUCUAUUAUGAAAUUAGCUUUGAGCUGCACUUUAGCAGCACCUGAUGCGAGAACUAGCAUGGAAGAAACUCUUUCAACACUAAAAAAGAUUAGAGUUCAAUUUUGUCAGUAGUUGACAUUAGGCUUGGUUCCUAUGUUCUUCAAACAAUAUAGUUAAAUCUGGUUUUGUAUAAAUUUGAUACUUCUGGUAUGUAAAGUUCAAUAAAAUGAUCAAGAAUGUAAAAUAUUAGUAAUAGAA